AAAUGCAGUCUUUAAUGAAUGAUUCGACGAUUAGGAACGUAUUUUUGCACUGCUAUGAGGUUAAAUGCUCAAAUGUUCGCCGUACCAAAUAAGAUAUAAAGACAUGUUUAUUGUACUAGUGCCAAGAGAUAACUUAAAUGUCGAAUGUCUUUAAAUCACAAACUAAAAAUGUCGUGAAGCAAUACACGUUUAUCAUUACCGAUAAGGAAAUUAUUCAAUUCUGAAUUUUGAAAUAAUGUGUGAAAGCGAGUACAUCGCUAAGAAGCCCGUGGUUGUCGCUAUAGAUAUAGGGACCGCCUACAGCGGAUAUGCAUAUUCCUUUAGAGAGAAUCCUUACGACAUUACAGUGAGAGAAUGGACAUUGGAUACAAACUUGUCAACAAGAGCACCCUCUUCCGUCCUGUUAACACCAGCAUUGACUUUCCAUUCUUUUGGAUAUGAAGCAGAAAGGGAAUUUUCAAAUUUAUUUGCAAAAAAAGAACACAAGGAGUGGAAUUUCGUUCUCGGAUUUAAAAUGGUCUUAAACGAAAAAAAGAAAUUUAAUAUAGAUAUGUUGAAUGUAUUGGACAUCCAGAAGCAUUACGUUCCAGCCGGUGCCGUGUUUGCAGGAGUGAUACGAUCCCUGAAAGACGACCUCCUACAGCAGCUGCAGAAUAGAGGCUAUCACCACGGUGUGGACGACAUUCAGUUUGUCGUCACGGUACCCGCGAUUUGGAGUGACACAGCAAAGCAGGCGAUGACAGAAUUCUCAGUUAAGGCAGGAAUCAAAAGAGAAAACCUGAUGGUCGCUUACGAACCGGAAGUUGCGGCUCUUCAUUGUCUAUCAAUACCAGCAAAUCAGGUCACUCUACGAACCAAGGAUAACAUCGCUAUGAUGUUUCGACCCGGAUGCUGCUUUCUAGUUUUGGAUCUUGGUGGUGGCACUGCUGAUAUUACGGUUCAGAGAGUGGAGAAGGAUGGGAAGCUUAGUCAACUCCACGUCGCUACCGGAGGAAACUGGGGUGGAACUUGCGUUAACAAAUCAUUCUUUCAAGACCUCAUAAAACAUCUCGGAGAAAAUGCAUUUCAAAAAUUCAUGGCAAAACAUUCAGGGGAUUAUUUUGAAUUAAAUAAUCAAUUUGAGAUAGCAAAAAGGAAUUUUAGGAAUGACCAAGAAAUUGUAACUUUGAACAUUCCUUCUUCUCUCGAGGAAAUAACGGAGGAGGCUAAUGAGAAAAAGAUAAGUGAUAUUCUUGAGGAGUUGGAAACACGUGAUAGCGUAUCAUACUGUGAGGGAAAACUGAGUUAUACAGGAGAAUACUUCAAGACAUUCUUUUCUUUGUCGAUUCAAUCGAUCAUUGAUCAAGUUUUAAGAAUUUUGAAGAGUAGGAAAUGUAGCGAAGUUAAGUACAUCUUGAUGGUUGGAGGUUUUUCAGAAUCCGAAGUUGUCAGGACCAAAAUUAAAGAGGUGUUUCCAAACCUACGAGUCAUCUUACCUGAAGAUGCCGGUCUUUCCGUCUUGAAAGGUGGUGUGAUCUUUGGUCAUGCCCCCGACACUAUACGUUUCCGAGUUUGCCCUCAGACGUACGGAAUGGCCAUGCACGAUUAUUUCAAUCCGAAAUUGCACGAUUUGUCUCGAAGCUGUAAAGUUGGAAACGUACAAUAUAUCGUUGGGUGCUUUGAGAAAUUGUUUGAAAAAGACGAAGUUAUAGAGGUUGGUCAGAAAAAGACAAUCCGGGUGGCUGAAGACUUUAGUACGCAAUCGGAAUGUGCACGAACUGAGAACAAGGAAAUCGAGAUGUAUUCCUCAGCUGAACAAGAUCCAAAAUUUAUCUCAGAUCCUGGGUGUGUGUUACAGGGCGUCAUUGUGGUAUCACCACCGGGCGGGAAAUGGCCGGAUAAAAUGAAGGGGAAGAUAACUUUUGAAGUGACUGCAACAGGACUAAAAGUGUCCUUCAUGGACAGGAAUACAAAAUGCACAAGCGGUGGUAAAAUAAAAUUCACAGAACCCAGGCAGUCAACUGAUACAAAUCCCCUGUAUAGAUCUUUUAAAAAAGAUAAAUCAUGAGUAUACUAUCUAUCUAAAACGUUUGCAUUUUUUCCCAACAUUUUCUUAUUUCUUCUCAAUGUCCGUGUAGCGUGUGACAACAUGCCGAUAAUUCCAUCGGUAUCGAAAAUAAAGCUUUUCAACUUCUUUAGAUAGAUGGUCCAGCGGUCUAACGCGUUGGUCACAAGCCGCUUGGAGUUUUGGUUCUGCAUGCAGUGAUUUCAACCCCGGGCUGGAGCAGGAGUGUGGAUAUGAAUUCCUCAGUGACUUUAUUUUGUAUCUAUGUAUUUGUAACAUAUACAUUUUCGUAAAUUAAAUUUGCACAAUUUUUUCAUUGUU